GUCAUCAUUCUUGCAGCCUCUGAAACAGAACAUAUUUACAAAGAUGGAUUCUCUCGCUCGAACACUGCCUGCCUCGUGGUUCUGUAGCGAGCCCCUUUAUCAGCUCGAGCGUAGAGGUGUAUUUCAAAAAGUGAGCUUUCCUGUGAAACAUUACCUAGUUUUCGACUCUGAACAUGGAUAGUCAUGGCAUUUCCUUGGUCCCAUCACUCGGUUCCACAACAGAUCGGAGAAAGUCAUCUACGAAAUUGCACAAACCACCCUCGUGGUGGAGAAUCGCAGUCCCUCUUCCGAUGGAAUAACCUUUGAGGGAGUGGUUGUAUAUGCUCAAGAUGAGGUAAAGAUCUCUCAGUUGACUUUUGCCACGUUUGACUGCUACAAUCGUUAAUAAAGUCGACAACAAAACAGAGUACGCAAAUUAAAAGCCAUCAGACCACAAGUGGUCUCAUAUUUGCAACCAUUUCACUGAAUACUCCAAGUUUUGAAGAAUUCUUCUCCGGCCUUGAUGAAUUGACUAGCAAAGUUGACUUCACCAAACUUCCCCACCGUCGAAGCAUAAGCUACGAAGGGAACUUUAACUGGAAGACAAUGUAUCUUCGCUUCAUUCCUAUAUUGACUAACCCUAGUUGUCACUCUUUCUAACGAUUGACUAGGAUCGAUGGUUUUCAAGAGUGUCUGCACUGCCAAUACACCCAUCCCGCCUUCACAAAGUACUACCCGCCAACCUUCUACUGCGUGAUCAACCACACGAACUUCAGUCAGCAUAUUGCAGAUCCAAGAAAAGAAGAUAUUACUUCCGAUGGACUGUUCUUGUACUUGUACCCGAUUUGUACUUUGAACAUCUAUGGGGGUGGAAUGAGCAGUUUUCGGACUUUACCGACGAGGGAACCCGGGAGGAGUAGGAUGGAGUUUGAUUAUUAUCACAGUGUUUGUUUCCAUUUCUACUUAUCUACAGCUUCCUUGAGUCCUCUCUAUAAUGCAGUGUACGGCAUUGAGUUCUGUCUGUGUUGAGAUACUGAUGGACGAACAACAGGGAACGGAUGAAGAGUUUGAGGAGUACUUCAAGUUCGUUCGACAAGUUGCCAUUGAAGACUUUGAACUGUGCGAGAAGGCUCAGAAGAACUUGGAGGCGGGGGUCUAUGGUGAGGGUGUUUUGAAUCCCAUCAAAGAGAAUGGGGUUUCCUUUUAUCAGGCACGAGUGAAGGAGGCUGUAUAUCGCCAGUUUGAGGAGGAUAAGAUGGAGAGGUCAAAGAGGAAAAUUGAGAAAGAGGGAGCGAAAAUAUGUGAGAAGGAGUCGUUGAGAGGUGUUACUGGUGAUGGGAAUAUAAAGAGUUGUGCCGUCUAGAAGUCGGGACAGUCGACUUGUGAGUUGUGGGGGUGAUCAUUGUUUGCAGAAUAUAUCAAAGUUGGUCGGUCACAUUUCCGGAACCAAGAUCUUGGUUUCCUA